UGGUAGGCGUGACUUUGAGAGGGAGGAGUCUCUUCGCUCCACCUCAGGGGGGCGGGCGCAGCCAGCCUGGGUGCUGGAGUUCCCUGCUGCUGCGGGCAGCUGCGCCUCAGCAGCGCCCCUGAGGAAUCGCAAAGUUGGCCGCAGCCGCUGGCAGCAGGCUCCUGCCGAGAAUGGGGAAGCGUGGCCGCUGCUUCGUAGUCACCAUGGGCCCGGACUUCGGCUCCGGGGCGUUGAGUCGGCUGCUCGUGCUGAUGCUCCUAGCCGCGCUCCUGAUGGCCCGGGCGGACGCGGCGCGAGUACGCUCUGUGCUCUACUCUCCCAGUGACUCCCUGGUGCUCCUGGGGCAGAACACCUUGCGUCCGACUGUCCUGGGCUCCCCCAGCUCCUGGGUAGUAGAAUUCUUCGCCUCCUGGUGUGGACACUGCAUCGCCUUCGCCCCCAAAUGGAAAGCCUUGGCCAAUGAAGUCAAAGACUGGAGACCUGUACUGAAUGUAGCAGCCUUGGACUGUGCCGAUGAAGUGAAUUCAGAAAUCUGCCGAGACUUUGGGAUCACUGCCUAUCCCACCGUAAAGUUUUUUAAAGCCUUCUCAAAUAAUUCUUCUACUGGAAAAGAGAUGUCAGUAUUUGGGAAAAGCGUUGAAGAUCUUCAGCAGAUGCUCAUUGAUGGCCUGGAGUCACAUCAUGGUGGAAGGUGGCCCCCAUCUUGUCCCCCAUUGGCACCAAUCAGGUUGGAGGAGAUUAAUAAUUUCUUCUUGAGAAACCCUGAUGACUACCUGGCCCUGAUCUUUGAGAAGAAAUACUCCUAUGUGGGUAGGGAGGUGGAAUUGGACCUGUCUCAGUACCAUGGCAUCAAAGUGCGAAGGGUCUUAGAUGUACAGGAGGAAAUAGUAAAGAAAUUUGAUGUCACCACCUUCCCUUCUUGUUACCUCCUGACCAGAAAUGGCUCCAGAUCCAGGGUCCCCGUGCUUAUAGAAUCCAGAUCUCUUUAUACCACAUACCUACAGAGGUUACCUGGCGUGGCCAAAAGGACUUUUACUCCAACAGUGAAGCCAACCACUGGAGAUCGGGGAGCACCUCCUGUUAGGACAUUUGCAGACCGUUCCAAGAUCUAUAUGUCUGAUCUGGAGUCCUCGCUCCACUACAUCCUUCGGGUAGAGGUGGGGAAGUUCAAAGUCCUGGAGGGAGAGCGUCUGAGAGCUCUGAAAAACUUUGUGUCAAUCCUGGCCAAGUACUAUCCUGGUCAGCCCCUGGUCCGGAAUUUCCUUCAUUCCAUGGAUGUGUGGUUACAAUGGCAACAGAGGAAGAGUAUACCCUACAGCUCUUUGGAAGCUGCCCUGAACAACAGGAGAGAGGGUGCUGUUUUGCCCAAGAAAUUGACCUGGGUGGGCUGUCAGGGCAGCGAGCCUCAUUUUCGUGGAUUUCCUUGUUCUCUCUGGAUCCUUUUCCACUCACUGACAGUUCAAGCAGCUCAGCACAAUGAGUACCUUCAGCAGAAAGGAGACCCCCAGGAAAUCCUCCAAGCCAUCCGAGGCUAUGUGAAAUUCUUCUUCGGCUGUCGAGAUUGUGCCAACCACUUUGAACAAAUGGCGGCUGCCUCCAUGGACCAAGUAAAGAGUAUGGAUGAGGCCAUUCUCUGGUUCUGGAAUCGUCACAACCGAGUCAAUGCUCGCCUAGCAGGUACAGCCAGUGAGGAUCCUCGAUUUCCCAAGAUCCAGUGGCCACCAAGGGAUCUAUGUAACCCAUGUCACAAUGAAGUUGAAGGGGCCCCUGUGUGGAAUCUAGGUGCCAUCCUUGCAUUUUUAAAGUCCCACUUUUCUGCCCGAAACAUGGUCUUUAACCAUAGCCUGUCUGUGGAAGCCUUGGGAAGGUGGCACCGAGAAUUGGAGAAUUAUACUUUGAAUUCUGCUUCCUUUCCUCCCCUUGAGGAACAAAACCCCACAGAACUAUUUGAAGAGAAACCAAGGGAUGAAUUCAAAGAAGAUUUGAGAGAAGAGAAAGGAAAUCCAAAUGAGGAGACUGCAGAUAAUUUGGCAAUCCAGAUUAAGGGGAGUAAAGUUGCCUUAACAGAGAGUGAUGGCUUGAUAACAGAGGAUAAAUCCUUACAAACAGAGUGGCCAAAAUACUACCGUAGCUCAGAGUUAAGUGUGGGAGAGAUGAAGGCCAAGGAACUCCAGGAAAAACAGGUAGUACAAGACCCGGAUGCCCAUGAGGAUGAUGAAAUUGAAAUCCUGAAUGUUGCAACAGAGUCCCCAAUUUCAGAUCACAAAGACAAGUCUCUAAUCUUGGACAAUAGAGACAAGUCCCUAGACUUGAUUGCUGGAGAUAUGCUCCUGACCUUGGAUGAUGGAGCCAUGUUCCUGGACCCCAAACCAAAAGUUUCUCGGAAACUGACCAAGCGGGACACACUGACCCUGGAGCUGGAAGAAGGUGCAGAAGGAGUCAUACAGAAGCACUUUGGUGGCAGCUUCCAGCACCUGGCCAGUUUCAACAAGAAGAAGGUGGGGGAUAGGGCCCAGCCAGAUGGUCAGUGGUGGUGGAUGCUUGGGGGGAGCUUUUCUUACUUGGAUGUCAGUCUUUGCAUUGGGCUCUAUUCUCUGUCUAUCAUGUGCUUGGUGGGCAUGUGUACCUAUUUCCAAGAGAGGAUGAGGUCUCGAAAAGGUCGAAUGAGCCACUGCUCAGCAUGAGCUACUGAUGUCCCACUGGGGGAGUGGGAAUAGGAAGGGGGGCAUCUCUUCUCUACCUCCUUCCAUGGUUGAAGAGCUCUCAGAUAGUUGGGGAGGGAGGGGUGGGGAAUGAGAAAGACAGCACCAUUGACCCUCUAUGGGUCAAAGAGGGAUGUCUGCUGGAAAGAAAUGCCCCUUGAAGGUGAUGCUGAGUCAACUUGAACCAUGGCUCUAAUGUUGGGAAGUGAGAUGAAGAAGGUUGAGGAUGCCUUAUCCCUAUCAGAGCUGGACCAUGGGCCAUAGAUGAGUACUGAAGGGAAUUCUGUCAGCUCCUGACCUUUCUGCCACCAAUUAGUUUUUAUCCUCAUUUAGUUCUAAGUUCUGGGCACUAAAAAUUCCUAAAUCCUCUAUCUACUCUAAGGUAGGUUGGGUUCUUCUACUCCAUUAUAGGAAAGGGCUAGAAGAUAAGGAGUCUCUGCAGUGUGGCUAUGAGCCUUUGCCCUAUCAAAAACUUAGAAUCCUGGGUGGGUCCAUGGAUUGAGAGCCAGGCCAAGAGACAGGAAGGUCCUAGGUUCAAAUCUGGCCUUAGAUACUUCCUAGCUGUGUGACUCUGGGCAAGUCAUUUAAACCCCAAUUGCCUAGCCCUUACCUCGCUUCUUUCUUGGAACCAAUACACAGUAUUAAUUCCAAGAUGGAAGGUAAGUUUUUUUUUUUAAACCAAAACCAAAACCAAAAACUUAGAAUCCUGAUCUAUUGCAUUAAUAAAAAAAUAAAUGAAGAAAAUAGCCUUAAUUCCCAAAUCCUGACUCUUAGUUAAGAGGUCUAGUACCUAGCUUAACUACCCCAGGGUUUGAUUAGAGAUUGGAAUGUGGGAGUUUCUGGGGGUUAUUCAGCUUUCUUGGGUGUGGGUUUGGAGGGGUUGGGAGGUUAGAAUGGAGUAGAAUCUUUGACUAGGUGGAUUGGCAUUUCUUGUGAGAGCCUGCUAGAGCUACAGUAGCUUCUAACUUUCUUCUCCAAAGCAAUCACCCUCCCCAAAGCAACACCAUCAACUUGGGUGCCACUGAGAAUUCACCUGUUUGCUCAACUGCUGGUAGGGGUGGGAAGGCCAAAGUUGCUUGAGGGUUGUGUAUGGAAUUAUUCGCUUAUGGAGCCAGGGAGCAUGGCAGGGGCUGCAGGUUAUUGGAAAAUGUAUUUGAAUCUCUUUGUGGUGAGUUCUGGGUGGCUUGGCACAUAACUGUGAUCAUGGGAAAGGGAAGCUUUUAACAAGAGAUGAGUACUCUAGGAGAAGGGAAAAGACUUGGGAGAGGCUCAUUUGGCUCAUUCUUCCUUCUGUUGAGGUAAAGCCUCAUAUUUUGAUCUAUAUAUACCCUUACCUGUUUCUCCUCUGAUAGUGUCCUGGGGCAUGGGUUGACUGUAGUGGUAUUGGGAUUGGCUUUCAGGGUUUCAGGGUUUCCUCUCCCUCCAGACACCAGGUUCUAUAUUGGUCAAAGGGAAGGAUGAGGGCAGGAAGGAAGAUGCAGCCUGAGUCAAUGAAAUGCCUAUCUUGGCUAGUGAUUUGCAGAAUAAAUUAUUUUUUGCUAA